UAAAGUUACGACGGCAGUCGAGAUAACUACUCUGCGAUUGAUUCGAGUUUUACUGAGUUUAUUGAUAGUUUAUUACAUUAAUUUCAGUGCAAAUUGUUGCUUUUAAAACACAGAUCGUUUAAAGAUGUUCGGUGGAACACUGGAAUUUCGGAUUUAAUACAGCAAAGCGAUGAAGAUGAUGAGCCGGACCGUUGUCAACUGUUUGUUGACAUUUUUGGUUUUGGCGAUUACAGUCCAAGAAGGAACUUCCUCACCCUCUGGUGCUGGGGUUGGAUCUUUCUUGGGUCAGCAUGGGGCUGAUAUUAUGAAGAAACUUCUUCAGUCUUACUCCUCUGUGAGAAUUGCAAGAAGUGUGAGAACAUCAAAUACCUUCCCACCAAGAAUAGAUGACAGCACAAUACCACCAUUGCAAGCCAGAGUCAAAAAUUAUUGCUGUCCCUAAUCUCGAUGGACACUAUGCAUACAUUAUUACAGUAAAGACUGGACUUAAAAAAAAUGCAGGAACCAAUGCAAAUAUCAAAAUGGAGCUGUGCUCCAAGCAUUUAAAGUCACCAGAAUAUUUACUGAAAGACUAUGGGACCAAGCAGAAGGUCUUCUCUAGGGGCAAGGAAACCAUGUUUUUAGUUUACAGUACUGUUCCCCUUGGAGAACUGUCCCAUGUGCUGAUAACUCAAGAAGGACAUGGAGUCAAAGGGAAAUGGCAUUUAGACUCUGUCAUUGUGUCAGACCCUCAAGCUGAUCGAGAGUGGCUGUUUUCCUGCAAUAAAUGGCUGAAACCUCAGCGCAGAAGUAAGGAAGGCCCUGCAACACAUACCCUGGCCUUGGCAGAUGCUGGCAGAACAUUUUGUUUGGUGUGGAGCUCCAUGUUAUGUUUCUUCCGUCAGUAUCAUCGAUGGAUUUAUCCAUUUUUUGGAAGUGGACAGGAUUCCAACAAAGUACUGUCCAGGCCCCUCACUCUUGUGAUGCUGUUUUCUGCAGUUGGCAAUUCUUUACUUGGAAAUAUGUUAGUGGAAACAGCCCUCCUGACCAUCAGCAGCCAAAUUGCUGUAGAGUUGACAGCUAACAUAUUCUUCUUCACCUUUCUGAUCAACACCAUCAUCUGCCUUAUAAAUUGCUUGUGUGAAAUUGUCCUGGGCAACAUAAGAUCUGAGGAACUGUGCCAGGAUAUUUUUACAGGAAAGUCCUCCUCAGUACAGCACAAGGUGGUCACCAAAAAAAAUCAAAGAAAGGCCCACCAUAUUAAGAAGAAAAAGACACAAGGUUUAUUAAAAGCUCAAACCUUGGGUGCCAACCAAGUUCAGCAUUUACACUCCAAAGACUCCAGUGCUUCCCCUUUUAAAAGCCGGAUUGAUGUGGCUCCCAAACUAUUAUCCAGUAUCCCCACUAAGAGCAGAAGUCAGAUUCUUAAUGAUAAUGCAGGGGAGAUAUGUGGCAGCAUUAAAAGGUCAAGAUCCUCUUCAGAGGUGUAUAUUUUCAAAGGAAAUAGAAACAACAACAAUACUGCCUCUUGUAGUAGCAGUGCUGCCAGUAAUGCAAGUGACGCUGGCAAUAGUGAACAGGGUGGUGCCACUGGAGGCCAAGGGGCCACAAAUAUAACAGGUGUUGCAGAGACAGAGAGAGAGCCAAAGCCCAGCCAAGAGGAUAAAGAGCUUCAACUGUCACCUGAUGACAUUAUUUUUGGUGACAUUCCUUUAAUGACUGGAAAAUGGUUUGGUGAGGUACCUCUCUCUGGGGACGCUGCCUUUCAGGAAAUCCCUCUGGAUCAGCAGGAACAGUCUUCAAAUGGAAAGAAACCAAAGACGAAGAGGCCACCAAAAAAUCGCCAGAAGCUGCCUAAGAAAGACAAGAACAACCGUAAUGCCAGAAAGCCUAGCAAAAAGGGUGGCAAGAACCAAAAACCACAACAAAAUGCCACUGAAGAUGACAGCAAAACAUCCAAAGGAACAGAUGUGAACCCAGCCAAAGCACCUCUUCAAACAUGUCCAAGAACAAUGAUGUCAGUUCUGGAGCAGAAACAUCUAGAUGCUGGUAUCAAGCCUUUGUGCAUUCUAUGUAAGAGGCCAGUAGAUAUGAAAUAUCCAUACCCUUACCACUGGUUGUGUAAAUAUGAGCGUGCUGUUGAGAUUGGCUUGGCUACACCUCCCAUCUCUGGUCAAGAUGCAACCCUGCAGGAAGAAGUUAAAUCUCUCUAUGGCUUCAUGAAGUUGCCCGACCCAACACUGGUGAAUGGUAAAGGUACAACAUUCCCACAAAAGAAGUUGAAUGAGAUGAGACCAGUUGAGUGUGAGUACUGGCUGUGGGAAAUGAUGAGGAUCAAUCCUGCCUGGGUCCUGGAGAUGCUUGAUGAGGGCAAGAAACCUGAAAAUAGACGUGAUAAGAAGGAGAACAAGGAAUGGCAUGAUUGGUUUAACAGGAGACUGAGUGCAGAGUAUCGUAAAAAGAUGAUGACCAACCUAAGCCAAGAAGAGCUGGAUGCUCGGCCUGAUUGUUUUCUGUGUAAGAGAGCAAUGUCCCCUAAAGAUCCCUAUUUAUGUCACUGGUAUUGUAAGUAUGGGGAAGAUGUUCAGCUAGAAUGUACACACCCUCCAGCCAGAGGACAAGAGUCAACUCUAAGGGACAUUGUGGAAGGGCUUUUUGCUUAUAUGGGAGUGGCCAAGUCACAACUAAAGUACAUGAUUGAGGAAGGGGAAUCUUUUAGUGAUGGAGAAGAUGAUUCAAGCAGUACAUGGUUCCCAGAUGAGAAACUGUCUGACUUACCAGAGAGUGAGCAGAAUACAUGGAUGAAAAGACUUUUGAAGAUAAGUCCCCAGUGGGCUGCAAGGAGAGGAUUUGUGGGAUCAUUGGCUCCAUCUGAUAUUG